AUGUCAAAAUUUCCGCACACGCGAUUCUUUCCUGGACGGUCAAAGGCUGUCGUGAUAUCUGGGCCAGAAAUCCAAGUGGUUAAUUCCCAGACCGGAUCAAUUCUAUGCUCAACUGCCAAUCUUGAAGGGGAUUUACGAGAAUCCCUGCUAAAAUCGGGCCCCAUACGCUGUGUCGAUGUUGACAAUGGCCUCCGUCAUGUCGUUACCGUUGGCGACGACAAGAAGAUGAAGGUGUGGGACACGGAGAGUUUGAAGGUUCUGUCCGAAAGAGAACUCCCCAAAAAGCCGACCGAGGUUCGUUUCACGAAGGACGGACAAACUAUCCUCACUGCCGAUAAGUUUGGGGACAUCUUCAGUUAUCCGCUUCAUCCUGGUUCGGAAACUGCCCCUACACAAUCGAGUAACAGGCCGAAAUUCGUCUCGCACGAUAACCCGUCUGGCGGGAAACUGAUUCUGGGUCAUACAUCGCUUCUCACGACCUUCCUGCUCACCAAGGACGAAAAAUACAUUGUCACGGCGGACAGGGAUGAACAUAUCAGGGUAAGCUGGUACCCGCAGGGAUACAACAUUGAAAGCUACUGCCUCGGCCAUGAAAAAUUCGUGUCCGCUCUGCACAUUCCAACGAAGUCCCCUUCCAAACUGAUAUCAGGAGGCGGCGAUCCCUCAUUGAAGCUCUGGGACUGGUACGAAGGCCGGCUGCAGACAGAAAUCAGGAUUCUGGAACGCGUGGAACCAUACAUCAAAAUCAAAGUGCCUCAAGGUAAAGGAGGCAGGUGGGACGAGGACGGUGAUGAUGGAGAGGAGGGUGGACAGAGGGGACGAAGAAGAGGGAGGAAAGGCAAGGGUAAAAGCAAAGCUGACGGAAAUCAGUCGGAGACACCACAGCCUGAGGGAAUAACAGAAGACAUGGACGUGCAAAUGGGAGAUGUAAACGAAGAGCAGAAAAGAGCGGAUCAAGAGCCGGAGCUGGAAACAAUUCUGGCUAUUAGAAGAAUCGCCACGGUCGGUAGUUCGAACAGCGGUGAAGGCCCACAGGAUCUGGUCUUCAGUGCCAUUGGAGCUACAGCCUUGUUCUCUUGCCCGUAUCCGGGCACAACUACUCCAGACACCGGUCAAGAGACCGCGGAUACGAUCAUUGUCGUCUGCGACUUAGGACAUCCAGUUCUCGACUUCGUCGUCAUUGAAGAUCACGAGGAAGCUGGUGCGCUGUUCUGGGUCCUCCUCGAUGGUGAAUGGGGCAUUCGUGCGGGAGCUGACGGUGCGCCACCCACGAAGAUGGUUCGCGCUGUGCGGUAUCGCAAUGGCGAGUUCAUCGUACUGGACGAAGGAAGCGAGUCCCCUUUGUUAUCGUCUCUCAAUUCUACGGCCGUGCUGUCUGCUACUCCGGCCCAACUAUCCUCUCUGGACUUGUACGCGGCGUUAAGCUCUCUGCCCAAGAACACGCACGCGGAUCACGAUCCCAUGGACCGCUCAGAGACCGGCUCCGCCCUCGGGGACAGCAGCAGUACGAAGCUCGGUGGGAAACACAUGGGUAAACUGAAGACAAGGAUGGCACUGGCUGCCGCGAUGUCAGAGUCUAAACAGCUUAAACCCGCAGAGCAAAUGGAAGAGGACCAGAGGGAUGGUAAGAAGCUGAAGCAGGGCGAAUAGAGGUAACGCAGAUGGUCAAGGAAUACAUGCGUGACUGUCCUCCUGCGCUCUGUGUGAACGCUCCGUGAUCCAGGUGCUUCCAUGAUUCGCGACAUAUCGCCGUGGGGGACGCGUAGAAUUCAAAUCACCAACACGUGAUCGCGUCUGCUCGGUGCGGCAUCAUUAACCUGAGCUUCAGUUACCAUGAGUACUGUACCUGGGUAGAUCUAGACAACCAGCACAUGCGUCGAG